CGCUCUCGCCGCCGUCGCCGGGCCGGAGCGGGAGCCGGAGCGGAGCUGGGGCCGGGGCCGGGGCCCGGAGCGGGCGGAAUGGAGCCCCCGCGCGCGCCCGCUCUGUGCCGCCUGCUGCCGCCGCUGUUGCUCCUGCUGCUGCCACUGCCCCCCCGCGCCCGGGCCAAGUACGUGCGGGGCAACCUCAGCUCCAAGGAGGAUUGGGUGUUCCUGACAAGAUUUUGCUUUCUUUCGGAUUACGGCCGACUGGACUUCCGUUUCCGAUACCCUGAGGCCAAGUGCUGUCAGAACAUCCUCCUCUAUUUCGACGACCCAUCCCAGUGGCCGGCUGUGUACAAGGCAGGGGACAAGGACUGCCUGGCCAAGGAGUCAGUGAUCAGGCCUGAGAACAACCAGGUCAUCAACCUCACCACCCAGUAUGCCUGGUCAGGCUGUCAGGUAGUGUCAGAGGACGGAACCCGCUACCUGAGCUGCUCCAGUGGCCGAAGCUUCCGCUCGGUUCGUGAAAGGUGGUGGUACAUCGCACUCAGCAAGUGUGGGGGAGAUGGGCUGCAGUUGGAGUAUGAGAUGGUCCUCACCAAUGGCAAGUCCUUCUGGACACGGCAUUUCUCGGCUGAUGAGUUUGGGAUCCUGGAGACAGAUGUGACCUUCCUCCUCAUCUUCCUCCUCAUCUUCUUCCUCUCCUGUUACUUUGGAUAUUUACUGAAAGGUCGUCAGUUGCUCCACACAACUUACAAAAUGUUCAUGGCUGCAGCAGGAGUGGAGGUCCUGAGCCUCCUGUUUUUCUGCAUCUACUGGGGCCAGUAUGCCACUGAUGGCAUUGGCAACGAGAGUCUGAAGAUCUUGGCCAAGUUGCUCUUCUCCUCCAGCUUCCUCAUCUUCCUGCUGAUGCUCAUCCUUCUGGGGAAGGGAUUCACAGUGACACGGGGCCGAAUCAGCCACUCGGGCUCCGUGAAGUUGUCUGUCUACAUGACCCUGUAUACUCUCACCCACGUGGUGCUGCUCAUUUACGAGGCCGAGUUCUUUGACCCAGGCCAGGUACUAUACACGUACGAGUCGCCGGCGGGCUAUGGGCUCAUUGGGCUGCAGGUGGCGGCUUACGUGUGGUUCUGCUAUGCUGUGCUCAUCUCCUUGCGUCACUUCCCGGAGAAGCAGCCCUUUUACGUGCCCUUCUUUGCUGCCUACACCCUCUGGUUCUUUGCCGUUCCUGUUAUGGCCCUGAUCGCCAACUUCGGGAUCCCCAAGUGGGCCCGGGAGAAGAUUGUCAAUGGCAUCCAGUUGGGGAUCCAUUUGUAUGCCCAUGGCGUGUUCCUGAUCAUGACACGCCCGUCGGCGGCCAACAAGAACUUCCCGUACCAUGUGCGCACGUCGCAGAUCGCCUCAGCCGGGGUCCCCGGCCCGGGAGGGAGUCAGUCCACGGACAAGCCCUUCCCGCAGCACGUCUAUGGGAACGUGACGUUCAUCAGCGACUCGGUGCCCAACUUCACGGAGCUCUUCUCCAUCCCCCCGCCCGCCUCCUCCGCCGGGAAGCAGGUGGAGGAGACGGCGGUGGCGGCGGCGGCGGCCCCGAGGGGCCGCGUGGUGACCACGGCCGAGCGGGGCGCGGCCUCCCCGCCCCUUCCCGCUCGGUUCCCCAAGGCGGCCGACCCGAGCUGGGAUGGCCCGACGCCGCCCUACCAGCCGCUCGUGCCCCAGACGGCGGCGCCGCACACCGGCUUCACCGAAUACUUCAGCAUGCACACGGCCGGGGGCACCGCACCCCCGGUCUGAGCACCCUUGCCCACCCCCGCCCCAUGGGCCGCACGCCGGGCCCCGGCCGGGCUCCGGAUCCCCGCUCUAUCCCCGCCCCAGGGCUCU